CUGCCUGCAGGACACAGCGUGUUUGGAGGCAGAUACAGCACCGGACACAGAACAGCUCUGUUAUCAGAAGCCUGGAAAGAGGAGUUGAAAGAUCUGUCUGCAAAAGUCAGCGUUUCUACACCGGACAAAAAGGACAUGAAAGAUGAGAAUGAAGAGGAGGGUCUAGGACUGAUCCGGAGGAAGACCCAAUACUCUGCCAAGACAGGGAGGAUCAUCCCUCCCUCCUCCCAGGCUUAUAAGCGUCGCCACCAGGUUCAGACCCACCGUCACCCCCCUGCCCAGGCUCUACAUCAGCAGGAACUUAUGGUGCUGGAGCUGCUGUGUCAAAUCCUUCAGACUGACUCCUUAUCAUUGGUCCAGCAGUGGCUGCUGCUCGCGGGCCAGAGGGAGAAGGACAUGGUGAUGGGGUUGAUUCAACAGGCCAUGAAGGACAGUGUCUUCCUAAGGCAGCAGAGUAUGACUGAGUGCGAGGUACCCAGAUGCCAUCCACGCACCUCUCUGUCGGGCCGGGAACUUACUAGCUGUGGACAUGCAAAACUAAGACUUCAUACCAGUUCAUCCCAACUUCAGCUGCCAAUCAGCAAGGAGGAUAAACCAGAGAUGAUUGGAGAUGCAGAGGUACUUGAGGUCCAUGCAGAAAGCCUGAAACCUCCCGAAACCAAGCAGCACAUUUCCCAGGAUGAUCAGAACGACCAGUGUGAUCAGAAUGAUUAGACUUCCUUAGUGUAAUGCUUCUGUUCUCAUCAUUUAAUGUAGUUCGUAGGAAGCCUGUUUCUGUAUCCAGAAACAUUCUCUGACUAGUUAUUCUGUAUGAUGUAACACUGUUGUCAUGGUUAGAUCAUGGUUAGAUCAUGGUUGGUCAUGGUUAGAUCAUGGUUAGAUCAUGGUUAGAUCAUGGUUAGGUCAUGGUUAUAUCAUGGUUGGUACAGGACUGGUAAGAUCAUGGUUGGCUAUGCUUAGUGUAAUGCUUCUGUUCUCAUCAUUUAAUGUAGUUCGUAGGAAGCCUGUUUCUGUAUCCAGAAUGAUGUAACACUGUUGUCAUGGUUCAAUUCUGAGCCAAUUAAAUCAGAUUAUUGUCCCACUUUUUUCCCGAUUUUAUUAGCUUGGCAUAUUUUCUGUAAGGUGAUGUAUGACCACAAUGUGUUUAGAUGCUUGAGACAGUGAGACAUGCAAUGCCAGGCUAGGUUUAAGAGCUAUCUGGAUAAUGACUCACAAUUAUCUUUUGAUUAUAUCUCUAAUUUAGAUAGCAAUAAAAAAAAGGCAUUAUUGAACUAUGCAGGUGUCCAAUACGUGUCAUUGUAGCUAUCCUCGUCCCCAGAUUUCUAUACAUUUGAAUCAUUGGUCAAUUGUCCAGCAGAAAUAUGACUUCAGCUUUCAACCCAACCUCUCCGAAAGAAACACAUACUGUAGAGGUGUGUUAGGCUGCCUCACUUAGAGCCCAGAGAGCUGUUGUCUAAUAGAGACAGUAGAUCUAGCUGGCCUGUCAUUAUAUAAUAGAGAUAGCAGAUAUAGCUGAUCUGUCAUAA